AUGUCGUGGCUACUCGGUUCUUCAUCGUCGAGCCUGCAGGACCAAGCGGUUUCUGUGCAGGGACUGGAUGCCGCCGCGCACGAGACUGAGGCAGACCGACACCUGGUGAAGCAGUGGAUUCGGUUUCUGGAAUGUGAGGAUGGGAGAUUAGAAUACCGUGUGGAGUAUCAAAUGCAAAAAUGUCAGCUGUGUCUGGAAGGUUGGAGCUUGUGAUGCUAACUCUGCACUCUAAAAAAUAAAAUCUGUAUUGCAUGAUCAGCAAGAGGAAUCUGGUUUGUGCUACGCGGGGAGGGCAUUUGUCAUGCGGAGUAGGCAUCGCGAAGCCCUCUAAAAAUCUGCGAUGCUAGGUUAUGCAUUACAGAUAUAUCCUGGGUCAUGCAAAACAUGCAUGGCAAUCCCGGCAACAUGCCAGACCCAGACACUUUUGCAUUUGAUAUGGAGGAUCCGAAUCUCGCCGCCGUGGUGCCGUUCUUGUCCUUCCGGGGGGUGUUUCUCUUCAGUCAAGCUUUGGAGAUUUGCUUCCUCAACCCAACAGUCUCAGAUGGUAUGAGUCUUCACAGAGUUAAUCUCGAUUGUUUUUCUUUUUGUUUCAGUAUAAAGAUAAACUAAAAAUCUUUCGUGCAGCGAGCAAUUCUAAAUCAUGUGCAUCAUGAUUUUAAAUUGUUGUCAUUCUCAAUCUCAUUUACAAAAACUAUUUCUUUUCAAAUCAUGAACAGAUUCCAUCAACCGGCUAGCCGCUCUGUGUUGUAUUCGUGAGGACGAUUUCUUGCAGCAGCAGCACGCAGGAGCCGUGCCCGGUGGAGAAGAUCAUGAAAGCAAAAGGCCCACCGACUAUUCCCGAAUUCGUCUUCUGCUUCUGCAGAAAUUGUUGCCCGCGCUGGAGCAUCUAGCCACCGAAGACGCAAACUCCCUGCUUAGGCAGCAAAUCUCUCCUGGCGCAACUGCAGGACCAGGAGGAGACGAGGGUAGAAGUACCCUCCUGCAAGGGGGAACUACAAACCCGACGGUAGUGUUGGAGCGCGUGAAGCAACUUGCGAAGACCCGGGAUGAAAUCACUACGGGUGACGAGCCGCGCUCCUCAGGGCCGCCAGAAGAUGAAGCAAAGCAAACUAUAGCUCAUGCUGGUGGUGAUGGUAAUAAAGCAGGAGCAGCAGCAGUAGGUGGAAAUGAUGAAGUAGAUAACGGGCCGCCGUCGACGUCGUGCGGACCACCCGAUGAACAAGAUCCGCAUCAAAUAAAGUCUGAGUGCAGCACGCCGCCAGAUGAUGCAGUGGACUUGUUUCUCUCAACGAGGGUAGCGUUGCAGCAAGUCCGAGAUCUGGCGCUUCGGGCGCUGUUCAAACAGGACCCGAUCGUGGAUGCCUUGCGCUUUUACCGCAGAAGUCUGGAAUACCAAGCGGCCGAUGAGUCGCCGACCACACUGGAGCGGCAUGGGGAGUUUCAAGAAGCCUACCAGUCGCGAAAGGACCUGUGUCGCUUUCUCGCAAAAGUGCGUACUUGCCUUCUGCAGGAGGCGGAGCAGUUGCAAUGCUGCAUCCAGCCUCUAGUGGGGGAUAAAGAUCAUCAUCAUUCCGAAGUAGAGGGGAUAAACAAGAACAUGGCAAAGUCCAAACGCAAGAAUAAAUCAGCCCUGGCAGCUUUCACCGCUGUUGACGCCAGUAUCUGCCGAAAGCAGAGUCGUUCGCUGAUGACGAAACUGCAAAAUUUGCACACGGCGCUGCGGGAAUCGGCGGAGGCGCAGGGCCGCUUGGGUGAGCAGGUGCAGGAGUUGCAGCAAGAAGAGGAGCACGAGUUCCGAACCUCCAUGCGGGAGAAGCUGUUGGAAACGGAGGCGGAGGUGGAGGCGCUGGAAGCCCGGUUGCAAGGCCUGCAGCAGGAUGUGGAGGCGGUGUCGGGACAGUUGGCGGAAAAGCGGCGUCGGCGGGAGCACCUCACGAUCCAAGCACCGACGCGCAGGCGGGAAAGCUACGAGGCCACGGUGGCGUCACUCAUGGCGGAGCAGGAACGCGAGGCCGACCUGGUGCGAAAGCUGGGGAUCUGCGUCGCCCCGGAAACGGCAAAAUUUCAGCUGUCCAAAUUGACCGAGGUGGAAAUCCGGGAGAGAUUGCAAGCGGUUUCCGCAAGUUUCCUGCUGCACGAAACACCAAGUAAGGGGUCGUUUUCAGGUGAGCAAUCGGAGGCUGCACCGCAGGGGGGCCAGGACGAGAAUGUCGGGACUAGUGCAGAGGAAGGUGCGCCGCGUGAUAAAAAUGACGAAAGCAAGCAAGACCAAGACACGUCGCGGCAAAGCAGGAUAUUAGAACCAUCUUGGUCCUUUCCCAGGCUGCGCGCUGGGCUACGUGAACACUUGUAUCUGCUGAUGCCAAGCGUUCCGCCGGCGACUUGUCCAGCACAGCAGCGUGGUGCUGUUGCCCCAUCUGCUCCCAGUUCCAACUCUGAGCAAAAAGAAGAUCAUGGCGCGGCCCUCGUGUCCGCUGUGCCUACCAGUACAUCAUCAACUGUUUGUUCCCCACUGCUAUUCGAGCAGCACCAGCAAGAGCCGGGAUCGUCCGAGGAGGCUGAGAGUGACCGGGAACCUUUCGCGAUCAUUCUCCGAACGCACACUUCGCAGCGCGAAGCCCGCCGUAGUUGUACCACCUCCGCCCAGCAUCAUCUACAUUUUGAGCCCAGCAGUAUUUCUUCGCAAGGCAACAAGGCAAUCAAAAGCUCCCGCGCAGCACCUCUCUCCUCUCCCCGCACCGGCGUCCUGGAUGCUUUUUUGACCGCUCCAAGUUUGCAGAGCGAGGUCGAGCGUCGGGCAACAACCCAACUUUUGACAACGCUGCAGUUCGGAAUGGACCGCCUGGAAGCUGCCGCCCGAUGGUUCGAGCGGUGCUCUUCCCAGGAGGAGGAUCAGAACCUGCAAGAAAAAGCGAGCGGCAUUUUUCAAGACGCCUGGGAAGCCAGUGAAAAGUGUUUCUUGGAGUUGUCGCCGACUAUAGCAACAACUCUUGAUGAAAAAGAUAAAGAUGGCUCUAGUACUAGUGAAAAUAAACACGACCACGACGAGGAGGUCGCGUCGCUUCUUGAAAAAUGGAAAAGCUGCAAGAGCCGACGCUCAGCCGUUUGGAAAAGGAUGAAAGUGCACAAAAAUAAUGACAAGUCGCUCGGGUCCGACGCCUC